AUGAAUCGAGGUCGACGUCGUGGUGGCGGUCCGAACUUAUCAGGUCUUCGUGAUGGUGUGAAACGUCGUCUAUUUGAUCCCCACUCUGUUCCUACCAAACCUGAUCCUAAGUUCGAGGUCAGCCGUUUGAUACCUUUCUCCGUCCCUAAGGUUACCAUUAACUCAUCUUUAAGCGAUUCCAGCGCUAACAACAAUCCAGACGUAGUAAAAGAUGAUAUCGAUAGUUUACAGAUAAAUUUGUUUGAAAUAACGGCCAAAAUGGAAGCUGCAUUUCGUUCUGGUCCAUUUUAUCACUCAGUUCCAGAGCUAUCAGAAGGAAUCGAUGUAUCGUCUUUAUUAUCCAGUAACAGCUUAAAUCUCAGAAAAAAAUCACAAAAUAUGGUAUCUCUUUUACAUCUUCUGGUCUCUCAUGAAAUUAAUCAGUGGUCUGACGAAGAUAUGAACAUAAAAGAGCCUGAGGAUUUCUAUCCCAAAGAACUGAUUUCUCGAACCCGAAUCAAUUUAAAAAGUAAUAGGCGUGCCACGCGAAAAUCAAAAUUGGCUUCUCGACGUAGUAAGCAGAAUUACUGCGAUAUUGAUCAAGUUAUAACUGACAGUUUUAUCCAACAAGUCACUGAAACUCUCCCAGAAAAUGACGAAGAUGUAGAGAAAAUCGAUGUAAAUAAUAGUGAAAAUGAAGAUGCAGAUUCAGAAGAUGCUCGGUGGAAUGGUGAUGUCAAUCAAAAUGAUGAAAUUGAUGAACUUGAUGAUGAUGAAUUUGAUAAUGAUUAUUGUCAAGAAUAUUUCGACAAUGGUGAAAAAGAUUUUAGUGAUGAUGGUCUAGGUGGUGAUGAUGUUGGAGGAGGUGCUAAAUAUUAUGAAUAACAAAUCUCUUUAGAAAAAAUUUCUCUUUGUUUAUAUGAAACAAUUUAUUCUUUAUAUAUAGAUGCAUGUAAAAUAACACUACUUUCACAUUACAUUAUUUCCAAAAGGUCAAUGUAUUUUCAUUACUCCGACUGGCAGUACCAAUUCCAAUCUGUGAAACCUGGAUUUUUGAUACUAUUGUAUUUUGUAAUCGCUCCUAAAAGAAUACAAAAAAAAUCCAAUUAGUAGCCAUGAAUUCGAUAUGCUGUUUUGAAGUGAUCGGCUCAAUUAGAGAUAUUGCCAAAUAUUAAUGGAUAAAAUUAUUUUAUUACUACUUUGCUUUAAUAUGUAACUUACAACAUAUAGCGAAAUGAAUUCAUACAAUUAUUUCUAUUCUCAA